AUGGGGGUCAAACAACUCACAUCCCUGCUCGCCCGAUUCGCGCCCUCAAGCAUCACAGCCCCAGCAGCCACAGCCAUCCGCGGAUGGACGCUCGGCAUUGACAGCAACAUAUUCGUGCACCGAUUUUUCCGCGGUACCGAACGGUCGCGCGACUCAGAACGUCGCCACCUACAAGGUAUGUACAACAUGGCGAUGCACUUGCGGGAACAAGACAUUACGCCGGUGUUUGUCUUUGAUGGCAAUGAGCGCACAGGCGAUAAGCAAAUCGAGUACUCUAAGCGGAAUACUGCUCAGGCCAGGGUGGUGGAAGAGUUUGAGGCGGAGAUUCAGCGCACAUCGAGGAUUCUCGUGGCAGAGCGGAUCUGCGCGCGAUAUCUCCAGGAGGAAGAUGGCCGGAUUAGUGGCGAUCUCGGCGUUUGCACGGAUGCCAUCGGCCACAAUGCAAGGGGGUCUGGGUUCUCGUUUGAUCCGAUUUUAGAGAUCUCGUUGGACCAAAGCAGUAGCGAGUGGAAUCGCCAGAGCGAGGACAAAGUCCGGCAUUCUGCCGCACAACUUAGCGAUCGGCUAUCGCGGGAAGACGCCGUUGAGAUGCUCGAGGAUCUGGCUGCGCGCCUCCAGGCGAAGCAGCGAAAACUGGGGAAGAAGCUGACGAUCAGCGAACGGCUGGACCGGCUCGAGCUGAGUACCUGGGAGCUGCUGCUCUACCAGCUAGGCGCCCGUGACAGCAUCCUCCCAGAGCAGCUUCUGCAGAUAGACCCCACACAUUCGACACUGCAAUCACUGCGGCGGUUCAGCGACGAGCGGCUGCAGGCCCUACGGCGCCGUGCGCAGCCGCUGACAUAUGCGCACAUUGACGAGUGCCGCCAGCUGGUGGCCGCCCUGGGCUUUGCCACGUAUACAACCGAUGGACCCACGGAGUCCGAGGCUGUUUGCGCUGCGCUGACCCGCGCCGGCGUCUGUGAUGCCGUGUGCAGCGAGGACCUCGACGUGCUGGCAUUCGGCGGCCCCCGGCUGCUUCGUGGCUUUGGCGUCCCCAGGCAGCAGCAGGCGGGCCAAAUGAUGCUCAUUGACUUGGCCGCGGCCCUGGACGAGCUGCGACUGUCGCAGGCGGCCUUUGUUGAUUUGUGUAUUUUGUGCGGCACGGAUUUUGCCUCGACCUUGGAGGGCGUCGGCCCGGUUACUGCGCUGGAGCUUAUGCGCAGCUUUGGCUCCAUUGAGAACAUUUUGGCGACUGGCAAGUACCGGACGAGAGACUUUUUCUGCUAUGAGCAGGCGCGCGCCAUUUUUGGCAUGCCUGUGGAGCUGCCGUUUGUGUCCAGGGCAGAGGUCCGUCCCAUGGCUGAGUCGCCGGCAGACGUCCUGGAUGCCCUGCUGCCGCUGAGGGCCGGCAGCGGCAAGGGCGGCGCCACACAGGACGGCUGCGAUCCCUUUGGCCAACCCAUCCUGUAA